CCUCUGACUCAUGCGUAUGCUUUCACUUCCCCCGUGUAAGCCUGCUUCACAGUCAAGAGUCAAACACAAAAGUCAGAUGUCGGCGCCCGCCACAUCUCAGAACAAGACAUCGAGUUGGUAGGUCGGGCUUCAAAACUCGCUAUGGCUCUCUCUGUUGCUCCACAAGGUCGCGCACCUGACCCCUCCACAAGCUAUCGCAAUCUACAAUCCGACGUAUGGGCUCGUCAUGCCCACGUCCUGAGCAAGCACUUUGGAAAUGAUGCACAGUCCACCCUCGAUGCUGCGCAUACAGCUGACCCGCAGCCUAAACUUCGACCGCCGCCCGAUGUAGAUGAAAAGGAAGGAGCAUGGCAUAUCGGCGUGUCGCAUGGCCUCAAGGGGAAGCUGAGAGCGCGGGGCCAUCCGCGCUGGCACCUUGUCCAACAGGUUGGAGGGCAGCAAGACGCUGAUGUAGCGUCAUCUGAGCCUCGCGAAUUGUCGCAAGCGGAUCUAAUUGGCCUGCCGGGCGGUCUGGGUCCAAACUUUAUUCCUGCCGAAAUCACCAUCAGGAACGACAGCUCUCAGCGUUUCGUGGACACUGGAUGUGGAAAAUUGCCGGGCAGCAGCGUACGCAAUCCAGAUUUGGCAUCUCGUUUCCAAGAAUACCCGCGACUCGAGAAGCUCCUGCAUCUUAAAGGCGAAUCUUUGGCGCGACAUUCUCCACCACCCUACUACAUUCAAGCAGACUUGCGAGAUACGGUAAUCGAGUCUGACAAUCCAGGCGGCAAUCGGAGACAGACCAUCGACAUUCUAUCUCCCGAUUUCCUCGGACAGUUGCGCUUCGAUGUCAUUGUCAUUGAUGCGCCACUCGAAACGUACGAGUGGGAUGAUCCGACCGGUGCUGGCUCUGCUGCGUGGGACUGGUCACAGAUCGCGAGUCUGCCAGUGCCUGCCUUUGCAGCCAAGGAAAGCUUCAUUUUCAUCUGGGUAGGAUCAGGAGCAGGUGAUGGGCUGGAGCGCGGACGCGAAAUACUCGCGAAGUGGGGUUAUCGUCGGUGCGAGGAUAUCGUCUGGGUGCGCGCCGACUCGGAGCAAGCUAGGCAGAGCGAGCCAGCAGCUACGACCGCUUUUACCCGCACCGCUCAGCACUGUCUGAUGGGCAUACGAGGUACGGUGAGACGAAGCAGGGACCAUCAUUUCGUCCACUGCAACGUUGAUACCGAUGUCAUCCUGUGGCCCGGUGAGGUCAAGGAGAGUUCUACAUCCGCCAGUCACGGCACCUCAAAGGAAGACAAGCUCAUCGACGUCCGCAAAAAGCCUCCGGAGCUAGUCGCUCUCGCCGAACACUUUUGUCUAGGCACAAGAAGAUUACAAUUAUUCGGCGACAAUCGCGGUUUGCGCAGGGGGUGGAUCUCUAUCGGCGACCGUGUUGGGCCUGAUCAGCCUGGCUGGGCUGAGGCUGAGAGAGGCCUGAAUGCAUGUGCUGCAGGCGUCCGUGGAGCUGGUCCUGCCCCAGACGAUUAUGUGCAGCCGCCACCGCUACCUUUCGAUCGGGCUUCUUGGCAAGCCUCCGUGAACCUCGAGUCUGUCUCCGGGGACCCCAAUCAUGCCGUGGACCAGUCGUUGCUACCCUUCGACGCACAAAUCGACGAGCUGAGACCCAAAUCUCCCACGCGUCAGGCAGGACGUGUCUCUGGUACACAAGCUGCACAUUCCCCAAUCCUUGGUUGGAACGGGACACAUCUGAGAGAACCACGAGGUGACUACAUACGAGGCUCGACCAUGCGUGCAGCCCCUUUGGCUAGGCCUCUGGAAGCCGGUCUGCCCUACAAUCUUCAGCCGGGGAUGCUGCCUCCGCAACAGUUCUCCGGCAGUUGGGCACCAAGUGGUUCACCGGCAAACGAUGCGUACACCUCAAGGCAGACGGCUCUGCAUGCAACUUUGCACGCACCAGGAGGAGCAGGUUUGUCGGGCCUUGGCGCUGGCGGACCUCGUACGGUAAGCAUUCCUUCAGGCAACGACACUCUGUCUGGCCCACAGGCUUCCGUUCUACUCGGUCGAGCCAACAGAGGCGUUGGACCCACAGGCCUGGGAAGGCCCAGGCAGGGUCACAAUUCAUGAUCUGGCCGUUCAGGAGCAUGACUUGCAGCAACUUUGAACACAUCGAACUUGGUAGUAACAUGUGUCAUGCGAACCGAUUAGAACAAGAGAUGCUGGUCUAAACUGAGUCCACAAGGCUGCAAGGCGAAUAUAGGUGGUGCUAGAGAUAGACUUGUAUGCAUUAAAGAAGCAAAGAUGACAUAUUAAGCAG